ACGCUACAGCGACUGAGUUUCAACCAGCGUAACACUACGUAAUUCUGCACUUGCCUCUAAACUCCACCUCCACAGUGAUGUGCGGCUCCGCAGUAAUUUUUUCAAAUCGCUCGUGUGCUCUUUCAACCAUUGAUCUCUCUCGUCUCAGUCAACACCAACCAAACACUACUGUCAUAGCAACCAAAGUAUAGCAGUGAGCCAUUGACACGUUCAACAUGGACAGACAUGGUGAUAUCGAUACUACCCUCAGCGACAAUCCCAAGCGGCAACCCCAAGACACUACCGAAAAGCUUGUAACACCAAGCGACAAGCCCAGCAGCAAACCUAUCUCCGCAGACCAACCAAUGCUUCCCUUUGCAGCAGACGCAACACACGAUCCUGAGGACUCUCUACGCAACCAUGGCUUCGCCAACGACGAGAAGCACGACUCACCAUCCGACAGCGACGCACAACUCGGCGACGUCUCAGACGUCCAAAAUGCACGCCCAGCAGCUGACACUUCGGCACGAAAACUCACAACAACACAAGCUGUCAUCAUUUUUGUCACAAACGAGGUAGGCAUCGGUAUGCUCUCCCUGCCAUCAGCACUCAAUGUCCUCGGCUUCUUUCCUGGCCUCCUCUGUAUCGUCGUUCUUGGCGCGCUUUCCCUCUACACAGCCUACAAUCUUAUUCAGUACUGGCGAAAACAUCCGUAUAUGCUCAACAUCGUCGACUAUGGCCGCGUCCUUGGUGGCCCCUGGGUCGAGGCAAUCUUCGCUGUUGGCUUCCUCAUCAACAUGGCCUUAAUCUCUGCUUCGGCGCUCGUUACUCUCACCAUUGGCCUCAACACCGUCUCGGAGCACGCAACCUGCACGGUUGCGUACACCGUUGUCGCUGCCGUCGCAAUGUGGGCGCUGUGCGUCCCACGCUCGAUGCGCUUCGUAUCUUGGGCAUCCUGGCCAUGCACAGCUAGCAUCAUCAUCACCGUCCUUCUCGUCAUGAUCACGCUCGGCGUCCAGGGACCACGCGACAUCAACACUCCUCUCAACCUGAAAGCCAUCGGUAAUCCAAACUUCACUCAAGCCGUCUCCGCAUUCCUCAACAUCGCCUUUGCGUUUGCCGGAAACCAGGCCUUUCCCACCGUCCUUGCAGAAAUGGAGAACCCCUCCCGCGACUUCCCCCGCGCCGUCACGAUCGAGAAAUGCAUCACGACUACAAUCUACAUCAUCGUCGCGUCCACCGUAUACGCUCUUUCCGGCGAACAGGUCGCUUCCCCUGCCAUCGGCUCCCUGCAACCCACGAUGGCUAAGGUUGCGUACGCAGUCUCCUUCAUCGGACUCCUCGGCACAGGUCUCAUCUUCGGCAUGACGAGCGCCCGCUACCUGCACGUCGUCUUCCUCCGCCACAUCAACACCCUACUCUCCCGCAAAGACUCGUCCAGGUACCGUCCCAGUAUCGCAUCAGACCCCAGCCGCGGCCGCCGCUCGUCUGUCUCCGUGCCACCAGUUUCGAAGAAGCUUGAUUGGGGCAUCUGGCUGUUCAGCGUCAGUCUCUUCUGGAUAGUCGUCUGGAUCCUCGCCAACGCUAUCCCCGUCUUCAACAGCUUGCUCAAUAUCAGCUCAUCCCUACUGUUAUCCUGGUUUACCUGGGGUGUUACAGUGCUAUUCUGGUUCCACCUCAACUGGCACGGCAAGUGGCGCAGCAGCGGAAAGAAGUUGGCUGUCGCAGGAUUGAACGUGUUCAUCCUUGCACUAGUGCUCUUCCUGAUGGUUCCGGGCAUGUACGCCAGUAUCAAGACACUUUUGGAGAUUUUUGCGGAUCCAAACCAGACGGUUAAUGGGCCAUUUACUUGUGCGGAUAAUAGCAUUAUAUAGGAGCGCAUUGGGU